AUGGGCACAGAUCCCUCUUCAGCCUCGCAGGCCACCAGCCAGCCCGUCACGCAAAUCCGCCUCCUCACCCUCAACUGCUGGGGCCUGCUCUACAUCUCCGACCUCCGCACUCCGCGCCUCGCUGAAAUCGGCCGCCAGCUGGCCCUCCUCGACCCUCCGCCGGACAUUGUCUGUCUCCAGGAGUGCUGGACCCGGGCCGACUACCUCGCCAUCUGCGAGGCCACCGCGGACAUUCUGCCCUAUGGCAAGUUUUACAACAGCGGUGCCUUUGGCGGCGGCCUUGCGCUUCUCAGUCGAUGGCCUGUCGAGACGAGCUCCAUGUUCCGGUAUCCGCUUAAUGGGCGGCCCACGGCCUUUUGGAGAGGCGAUUGGUAUGUCGGCAAGGGUGUGGCAUGUGCGAGUGUGAGGUUUGGGCCGGGGAAGAAUGACGUAGUUGAGGUUUUCAACACUCAUACUCAUGCCCCUUACGAGAGCCCGCCGAAUGACAGCUAUCUCUGCCACCGCACAGCUCAGUCCUGGGAAAUCGCCAAGCUGCUCCGUGCCGCCUCACUCACUGGUCGCCUUGUUGUCGCUCUGGGCGAUUUUAACAUGACGCCUCGAUCGCUCGCCCAUCGCAUCGUCACCGCUCGCAGCCCUCUUCGAGAUACAUGGCGUGUUCUUCACCCCGAGAGCUCUCUUGGCACCGCCGACGACCCUGUAGAGAAGGCUAGAGGCCUUCCUGUGCCCACUGCUGACUUUAAUCUCAAAAUCAACGGAUCAACUAGCGACGGCCUCUACAACACCUGGCGCUGGUCCAAGAGUGCCCAGAAGAAGCUCAAGACUGACCCUUGCCCGGUCGACCCAAACAGUCCUGAUCCUCGGGGUAAACGCCUCGACUACGUCUUCGCCUCCACUGGCCCCUUCCAACCUGACGCUGCCGAUCCUCAGGCCCAACCUCGAGGCUGGGUCGUCCAUUCUGCGUCCGUUGAGAUGACGCAGCGCCAUCCAGAGCUCAACGUCUCCCUAUCUGACCAUUUCGCAGCCCUAGCCACCCUCAGGCUCCAUGAAGUUUCGCCUUCUUCCCCUGUCCCCCACCUGGAUGCCCAGCUCCUUCCCACAGAAGGCGACGAUCCUGAAAGUGCCAGUCUGUCCCUCUCUGACUACGAUGAAAUCCUUGCCAUGACCAAAGAGUACAUGGCCCGCGAAGUGAGCCAGCGCUACUGGCGCGGCAUCCAUUUCUACGCCUCUGUCCUUGUCUGGAUAGGCUGCCUCGUUGCUGUGUGGUUCAGCCCUCGCAACUUUGUCGCCUUUAUUCUCAUGCUUGUUGCGAGCCUGGGCCUCGCCACGGGAGUCGUGGAUGGUCUCCUUGCCCUGCUCUUCUUUUGGUCUGAAAUCCGGGCUCUAAGAGAGUUUGAGUGGGAGAUUCGUACUGCCAGGUCACUUGCUUCGUCAGACCAAGCGGCCCAAACCACGUCAGCAAAAGCUGGCUAG